AUUGGCUAUGUCGAGAAGCCAUGAGUGCCGAUUGGCUGAGCGUCGGAGGGGCCGUCAGGGCAGAAGCAGGGAGGAGGCGGCCGAACAGCGUCGCUGGGCCGGACUGGGCCAAGCCAGCGCCAGAGCUGCGGGUGCAGGGACCGCAGCCCAGCUGAGCCCGAGCUGCGGGCGCCGUCGCCGCCAUGCGCUGGGUGCGGGCGCUUCUGAAGAAUGCGUCCCUGGCAGGAGCGCCCAAGUACAUCGAGCACUUCAGCAAGUUCUCCCCGUCGCCCCUGUCCAUGAAGCAGUUUCUGGACUUCGGGUCCAGCAAUGCCUGUGAGAAAACCUCGUUCACCUUCCUUCGGCAGGAGCUGCCUGUGCGCUUGGCCAACAUCAUGAAAGAGAUUAACCUGCUUCCGGAUCGGGUGCUGAGCACACCCUCUGUGCAGCUGGUACAGAGCUGGUAUGUCCAGAGUCUGCUGGACAUCAUGGAGUUCCUGGACAAGGACCCUGAGGACCACCGUACCCUGCACCAGUUCACUGAUGCCCUGGUUACCAUCCGGAACCGGCACAAUGACGUGGUACCCACCAUGGCCCAGGGCGUGCUGGAGUACAAGGACACCUACGGCGAUGACCCGGUCUCCAACCAGAACAUCCAGUACUUCCUGGACCGCUUCUACCUCAGCCGCAUCUCCAUCCGCAUGCUCAUCAACCAGCACACCCUCAUCUUUGAUGGCAGCACCAACCCUGCCCACCCCAAACACAUCGGCAGCAUCGACCCCAACUGCAAGGUGUCUGACGUGGUGAAAGAUGCCUACGACAUGGCCAAGCUCCUCUGUGACAAGUAUUACAUGGCCUCACCUGACCUGGAGAUCCAGGAGGUCAACGCUGCCAACUCCACCCAGCCCAUUCACAUGGUCUACGUCCCCUCCCACCUCUACCACAUGCUCUUUGAACUCUUCAAGAAUGCCAUGCGAGCCACAGUGGAGAGCCACGAGUCCAGCCUCGUUCUCCCCCCUAUCAAGGUCAUGGUGGCCUUGGGUGAGGAAGAUCUGUCCAUCAAAAUGAGUGACCGGGGUGGAGGUGUCCCCUUGAGGAAGAUUGAGCGACUCUUCAGCUACAUGUAUUCCACAGCACCYACCCCCCAGCCCGGCACUGGGGGCACCCCGCUGGCUGGCUUUGGCUAUGGGCUCCCCAUUUCCCGCCUCUAUGCCAAGUACUUCCAGGGGGACUUGCAGCUCUUCUCCAUGGAAGGCUUUGGGACUGAUGCUGUCAUCUAUCUCAAGGCCCUGUCCACAGACUCAGUGGAGCGCCUGCCCGUCUACAACAAGUCAGCCUGGCGCCACUACCAGACCAUCCAGGAGGCCGGCGACUGGUGUGUGCCCAGCACAGAGCCCAAGAACACGUCCACCUACCGGGUCAGCUAGGGGCCGCCCUCCCCUGUAGUCGAGAGGACAGACUGCUGCCUCGGGGUCUGGCCACCAAGGCGACCCUCUCCGUCACCCAGGAAGUGGGGUGGGGGUGGUUCUCCCUGAUGACCAGUUUCUAUCUCUGUGGAAGUCACUGCAGUGACUGGUUUGUGGUGGUCCUUAAGUGCCAAUCUGUCUCCGUGGAGACACCUGGGUGGUCUCCCUGGGUCCCAGUCUCCAUGGGUGAUGCCUGAGGAUGGAGGAUGAUCCACCCCAUGGGUUGCCCUAGAGACACUUUCCCACGGUGGUCCUGAGACCAGGACUAUCACUCUUCUGCCAGGGUCCUGGGUCCCCCUCAUGCCCACCAUAGCCCUGGACUUCCUCCUGCCUUACUCYCCACCACUUACAGGCAUACUGCCCUGGUCCAUCGUCAGUGUUAGGAAGGGGCCAGGUGCCCCCAGGCCUGGUGGGGGGAGUGGAAGGGAGAGGAUGCACCUCUGACCCUUGUCGGGGUCUUGCUCUGGCACCUCUCCCUCCACUCUGGGCAUCAAGGUAGAAGUCGGCAGGUGGGGAGUAGGGAAUGGUUCUCAGCCCAGGUCUAUCCCAAAAGUAGAGGAACCUGGGGAAACCUCGAGGUUGCUUGCCCUGCCAGGGAGCCUCAGGUGACCUUGGCAAGGUUGUGCCACCCUCCCCAGCAUGUCCUCACGUGCACACUGUCUGCCCACCCCACCUCCACUCAGUCCUGCCUGACCUCAGCCCUGCUGUGCCCAGCGUGUACUCGAGUGGCUUUCUCCCUGGAUGCUCUGUACAUAGCUAGUUUUAUAGCCCUGAGUGCCCCCACCCUUCCCCUUAGCACACAGGGGGUUAAAGCUGUGUGUUCCUCCCAGUGGCUGUGACGGUGACAAUGACAUUCACAGUAAAGAGGAGAUUGAAUAAGA